AUGUAUCUGUUUGUUUACUUCUACCUCCUAAUGACCUUUUUUGAAGAAGUGCGUGGUUUUUGUCCUUCACAAUGCACUUGCGUUUACCAUGGCAGAAGUGAUGGCACUGGAACAAGGUCUGUGCUCUGUAAUGAUCCUGACAUGUAUGAGAUCCCUGUGAAUGUUCCUGUGGAUACUGUAAAGCUUCGUAUAGAGAAAACUGUCAUACGAAGGAUUCCAACUGAAGCCUUUUACUACCUAGUAGAUCUCAAAUACCUGUGGGUAACUUACAACUGUGUAGCCAACAUUGAUAUCAGCAGUUUCUAUAACUUGAAACAACUGCAUGAGCUACGGCUGGAUGGUAAUCUGCUCUCGACUUUCCCUUGGGAAUCGCUGGCAGAGAUGCCCAACCUACGGACUCUUGAUUUACACAACAAUAAAGUGACCAGCAUUCCCGCUGAUGCUGGCCGGUACCUGAGAAACCUCACCUACCUGGACAUAUCCAGCAACAAGCUAACCACCUUGCCGUCAGACUUGAUGGACAUUUGGCCCCCCUUCUCAGAAGCUGUUCUGUCCAAGAACACAGACAUUCUGGCGACCCAGAGAGUCAUUUUGGGUUUGCAGGACAACCCAUGGUUUUGUGACUGUCGCAUUUCAAAGCUAAUUGAAUUUUCCAAAAUUGUGGACAACUCAGUUGUACUUCUUGAUCCAUUGAUUUCAUGUAGCGGACCUGAGAGCCUGGCAGGAAUCUUGUUCCAGAGAGCUGAGUUAGAGCAGUGUCUUAAACCAUCCGUGAUGACGUCAGCGACAAAAAUCACUUCCCCGCUGGGAAGCAACGUUCUGCUACGCUGCGAUGCGACUGGGUACCCAACACCGCAGCUUACUUGGACUAGGUCAGACAAUAUACCAGUGAACUAUACAGUAAUUCAAGAAACACCUGGAGAGGGUGUCAGAUGGUCCAUAAUAAGCUUGACAGGGAUUUCAUACAAGGAUGCAGGAGAAUACAGAUGUAAAGCCAAGAACUUAGCAGGAAUGUCAGAAGCUGCUGUUACUGUCACAGUGGUUGGUGUAGUUACUACAACUGUGUCACCACAGAAGUAUGGAAGGAAGCAAGAGGCAGAGAGACAGAAUACCACUCAGGAGGAAUCCAAGCAGGAACCUGAGAGGACAACCACACCUCUUCCCACCACACCAACCACCACAGCACUGGUUAGCGCUGAAAGAUCAACAAGCAUCAGGUAUACUGACAAGAAGCAAUCCAGGCCUGUGUUUGAUGGAAAGAAAAAUUUAAAGGCAGUGACAAAUGGAAACAAAAAGCAGACUGGGGAGAUAAGCAAGAAAGGUGAGGAGACUUCAUUGAAUACAGCAGGUAUGGCUGAGCAAAAUGUUACUGUAAAGAACCUAAGAGUGAUCAGUGAAACUGAUGAAAGAGUGACCUUAACUUGGAAAACUGUCAAUGCCACAAGCAACUCUGCAGUGACUGUGUUAUACUCAAAGUAUGGUGAGAAAGAUAUGUUGCCUCUGAGCACUGAUUCUAGCAAAAACAAAGUCACAAUUGAUGGUUUGCAACCUAGUACUCAAUAUAUGGCAUGUGUCUCACCCAAAGGAGUGCCACCGACAAAAGAGCAGUGCAUUAUUUUCUCCACUGAUAGGUUAAAUGAUGAAAACAGCUCUCAGUUUUCUAUUCUGAUACUGGCCAGCAGUGCAGGAUGUGUGGUUGUUUUACCUUUGAUAUUUUUCUUACUCUACAAAGUUUUAAAACUUCAUGUGAAACCAAAAACUGCAAAGGAGGCUGACCUUGCAAAAGAGACCUAUGUGAAAUUUGAAACACUAUCUCUGAAGCCUCGAACAGUGAAUGCAGGAGAACAGCUCUGGGCACGAAGGUACACAGAUGAGUCGGAAAGACUUCUCCUUUGUUCUAGGUCAAGCAUGGAUUCUCAAAUGACCUUCAAAAGCGAGGGCUCUAGGUCUGAGUAUCUGUGUUGA